AUGAUAGUUGCCGCUCAUCAUGAUGAUGUGCGAAAGUACUUGCUGGAAGAAGGAGCUGUGCUUGACAGACCCGAACUGGAUGCAAGGAAUAGUGACGAACGGCCACCAACCUUUUGGGAAGCUCUUGCGAACAAGUACAAUGAUGACUUUUGGGUGGCAACUGUGGAAGAACUACCACAUCUUCACCGCGUCUUUAUUAUUGAGCAAGACAUUUACCAAAGGGAUUGUCCUGGUAAAGUCACGGCAGAUUUCAUCAAGAGACAAUGGAACCAAGCCAAACUCAAGACCAACAAGAUCGUUAAUGCCUGGGAGCGAAGUGGAAAUGGCUACGGACAAAUUGAUCAUGAGCCUCAAGGAGAUAACGAUGAGGAAGAGGCUGAACUAUCAAGACAUUUUGGCCAUCUUACCGAAGAACAAAUGUUGGCAGGUGACAACAGAGCAGAGUAUUGCAUGGAAAGGCUUGGACACAAGUCUUUUCAUCUUUACCAUGGCAACUUGAGUAGUGUGGUCACCAGGAUGAGCGAUGAUGUGGCGGGCAGUGGUGACCAAGUUGCAACCAAUACCACCAAAAGGAAGCAAAAGGGAAAGGAUGAUCCUGAGCUUAAACAACUUCGAAAGAGCUUGAGUAACUCUCAAGUUGAACACUCGUAUCAAGCAGUCAUUGAGAACUUGACACUUGCCAACAAAGAGCUUACUCGAUCAAAAAUUGAGAAGGUGAAAUCCUCAAGUGAAGAAGAGAAACAGAUCUUGCAAGAGAGCAUCAAAGAACAGGAAGAUAUUGUAAAAGGCUUGAAGCGCCGUAAAAAAAGCUAUGAAGUCAAGACCAAGUCCAAAAGCAAGAAGACUACUCCGUCCGAUACUGGAACUGACUAG